AUGAAUCAGCUGGAUCAGGACGAGAAACUGAUCAUCGAGGUGCAACAGUACCCGGGAUUGUAUGAUCAAGGCAGCUAUGACUACCGGGACUUGAGGAAAAAAGAAAGCAUGUGGCAGUCUGUAGCAGACAGCCUAGGCCUGCAUGCGCGCGAGUGUCAGGCUCGCUGGCGAGUCUUGAGGGACAAGUUCGUCCGCGAGAUGAGGAAGAACGUGAACCCGAAGAGAGCCGGGUCGACGGCCCUCCAGGUGUAUCAGGGCAGCUGGCCACUCAUGUCCCAGCUCAUGUUCCUCACCUCACAUGUCAAGCACAGACCCUUCAGAGCCGGUCGACACGAAACCCUUUCUGACGCAGGAGAAACUGAUGAUGAGGAGGAUGGAGAGGCUUCGGACGAGGAGGAAGUCGAGAUGAAGCACAUCCCAACAACCAGCAUUCACAACCCCACCAGUAGUGUUCACAACUCUACCAUUAGCAUCCACAACACCACAAACAGCAUUCACAGCUCCACCAGUACCCUCCACAACCCAACGCCCUCACAAUGCCCAACUCUGCCCAACCCCAAGAGGACAAGGACCCUGUCAUACGAGCCGGACCUACUGAAUGGGAGCCAGAUGGACCCAGAUCUACAGAAGGUGGCCACAUCCCACCAAGAGGUGCGAGGAGACGAUGAAGACAACGGUGAGAAGUUAUUCUGCUUGAGUCUUGUGCCAGCAUUGAAGAGACUGGAGCCCGAAAAGAGAAGCUUAGCCAAGCUGCAGAUCCACAGAGUGUUGCAUAACCUAGAGUUUCCUCAUAACAAAGUCGAAGUGAGAGGUGAUAUGUCUUAA